GGUUUCCUGUAAGUGGCAUAAUGAAGAGGAAGAGAGGAGAUGGAUCUUUUCACCCUGCUGGUCCUGAUGUUCCUGCUGUCAGCAGCAGCUGCUAAAGAGAUCUUUCACCAAACAGUUUCCCUUGGAGAUGAUGUGACUCUGAGUUGUGAGGCUGGUGACGGCUUCAUCAGAGCUGUGGAGUGGACCAGACCUGACCUGAAGAAAGGAGAGUACGUCCUCUUUUACAGCGAUGGACACUCAGACCCAAAGCAGCAGCAUGAGUCCUUCAGGGACAGGGUGCAGCUGGUGGACAGACAGCCACAGGACAGAGACGUGUCUUUAAUUCUGAAGAACGUGAACAACAACGAUGCUGGAACGUACGAGUGUCGAGUUUCUCUGGACGCUUCAAGACGAAAGAAGAGAGGCGUCCUUGAUGAGGAGCCGAUCUGUGUCAUCCAUCUGAUGGUCGAAGACAGAGGUCCUCAUGGGGCUGCAGAGCCGACCCCGUUACUGCUGACAGUGAUGCGCCACCUGCUGGUGGUGUUUCCGUACUGCAGCGCCACAGCGCUCAUGCUGUCGGUGUAUCGACGCAGGUCCCCAGGGAGGAAGCAGCCUGUUUCCAUGACGAUGUCCCCGACCAGCGGGGAUGAUGACCCCAACUAUGACGAUGUGGACGCUGAUGUCACCACCGAGCAUCAUUUCUAAACGUUCUCUCCUCAUGAACAUUUUAAAUACUUUUAAAAAAAAGAUGUUUUUCUAUUUUUGUACAUGAUACGGCUGGAGUUGUUUUGGUUUGUGUGAUUAUUA